AUGGGGGAAAAGGACAAUGGACGCUGUAAAACACCAAUAUCUUGCGUUUCAGUAGAUCCUUCAUCUGUAUUUUCUUCAUCUACGCACAUAAACGAAACGGCGUGGAUAUCACAAGUUGUAUUGUUAUUUUUUAAACGUCUAGCUUCUGGGGAUGAUCUCCCAGAAGUUCUCUGCCACAUGCGUGGACAACUGAAUAAGAUACCCAUAAAUAAGGUAUUGGAUAAAAAUUUAUCAUCAUCAUCAUUACCACUAACUGAUGACAAACAUGAAGAAGUAGUGGGUAAUGAGUUGAAAGAACCACCACGACAGGAGGUAGAAGUGCAGCCUAACAUUAGUCAACAAGAUGCAUUACUAUUAAGUCGUGCUGCACGAACGGCACUUUUUUUCUCUGUUGAGAGUGACAAGGCACAGGAGGAGGUGAAAAAACUAUUGUAUGAGCCAGUUGUAGCUCAGGCAGUUCGUCAAGCUCCUUUGCAUCUUCAGAGUGCCUCGUUUCCACUUCCGUCUAAGUAUGAAUAUAUGUUAAGCAAUCGUGCUGCAGUGAGUUAUGCACGAAAAUGGGCACGCGAGGGUCGAUGGGAUUGGGGACUGCAAUUACUCGCAAAUGUCACUCCAACUCCAGUAACAAUGGCAGCAGGAACCGAGUUAUUUAGCCAAGCCGGUCAAUGGGAUAUGGCUAUACGUUGUUUGAGUACAAUACCAUCAGUGGAGUGGACAGAGGUAGAAGUUUCGGCAGCUAUUCGCAGUUUAUACCAUGCCUCACAGGGACGUUCUCAUAUACUAGAAAAUAAAUCAACGAUAUCAGAAAGUACAACAUUGAAAUCUACAAAAAUGAGUGCUAUGUCUUCUGAUAACUGGAAAUUAGCUCUACAUAUUCUCUCUUUGUGUGUUAAAAAUGGUGUACAACUUAGCACACCUUCAUCUAUAAAUGAUAUACUGGGUAUGCUUGGAGUUAGAGGGCAAGAUUGGAUAACUGCCUGUAAUCUUGUAGAAAACAUGAUGCUAAACAAAAAUGAAAAUGAAUUAUGUAAAACAUCAAAUGGUAACAUACGCCCGAAUGUAGUGUCAAUCUAUCAUAUGUGUCGUGUACUUCGGCGUCAAUAG